AUGAAAAUUGCUCGUUAUUUAUUGAAUCAACUUUUUAAAUGUGUCUUUAAAUCUACUGAUUUUAGUGGCGGUAUAUUUAAUCCGCAAAUGAUCGAAUUAUUAUUUGAUGAAAACAAAACAAAUAUACCUUUACAAAUUCAUUCUAACGUUGCCAAUCUAUCUAUGGGAGAUUUUUCAAAAUUUGCUUUGAAUCAUUUGAUUUCUCGGGGAUUUAUCGCUAAUGUUAGCCUUGCCAGCAGUAUAGAGCAAUGUAGAAAUAAUUUAUUUGAAAUUUUGAUAAAUAGAGGAAAUAGAUUUUCUAAUGUGUGGUAUGCUAAUGCCACUUAUAUAUUUUACAAUCUAAUUAUACAGGUAAAUAUGUUUGUAAUAUAUCGGAGUUAAUAUGUUUCCCCGACGGGGGGGGGGCACGUGGAAAACUUUCAUGGAGGCAGCGCCACGUGUGGGUGGGGGGACUUUCGGGGACGGGCACAUGGUACAACCCUAAUCGGAGUAAUUUGAAAAAAUACUUAUUUAAUUUUUGUUUUUUCGUCCUUUCGUAUACG